UGUCUACCGUGCCGGAAGAGAAGAAGGUCCUUUCCCAGCCAUCUUGUGGCUUCAUCUAGCGAAGUCCUCGCACCAAGCCUCGUAGAAUCGGAGGAAAAUCCUGCUGAAGGGGCGCCAUCAUGCCCGGACAAAUGCAAGAAGGUUUUGGCUGUGCCAUAACCAAUCGGUUCGACCAGUUAUUUGACGACGAGUCGGAUCCGUUCGAGCUGCUGAAGCAAGCCGAAAUUAAGAAGAAGGAGGCUGCGGCUCCUGGUGCCGCCAAGACUGCAGCGCAGGCUGCCAAACAGCCCAAGAAGGAGUCCCAAAAAGACAGAAAGACCCCGCUGGCUGAUAAGAAGGAGGAAACCCAGGCUCCAGUUCCACUCAAGAAAGAUGGUGCUGGCAUGAGGAAAAUGGGCCGGAAGCCAGAGGGCGAAGGCUCCAGACCUCAGGGCGGCCAGGGAGAAGGACGACCCCCCGCAGACAGACGACCCGUGGACAGGCGGCCACCUCGUCGCUUUGAGAGGCCUGCCGGUGAUGCCGCAGAGAAACCCGAGGGCGGAGAAUUCUCAGUGGAGAAGCCUGUUGGUGAUAGGCCAAUGAGGGGCCGUGGCGGCGGCAGGGGAGCCCGUGGCGGCCGAGGCCGUGGCAUGGGUCGCAGUGACGGAUUCGACUCCAGAGGAAAACGUGAAUUUGACAGACACAGUGGCAGUGACCGAUCUAGUUUGAAAGGUGAGGACAAGCGUGGUGGAAGCGGAUCGCACAACUGGGGCACAGUUAAAGAUGAACUGAAUGAGCUUGACCAGUCUAACGUCGCUGAGGAGAACCCAGAAGGAGAGGAGCAUCCACCUGCUGACUCUGAGAACAAAAGGGAGAAUGAGGUUGAAGAACAGAAGGAAGAAGGUCCUAAGGAGAUGACUCUGGAUGAAUGGAAGGCCAUGCAGGACAAAGAACGGGCUAAGGUCGACUUCAACAUCCGCAAAGCCAACGAGGGAGCUGAUUGGAACAAAGGAUUUGUGCUGCACAAGUCUAAGGCUGAGGACAAGAAAUGUGAUCUGCCUGAACUUGAUAUCGAUGAUUCCAAGGGUGACGAGGAGCACCACUUCCGGAAACCAGCAAACGAUAUCACGUCCCAGCUGGAGAUAAACUUUGGAGAUUUGGGCCGUCCUGGUCGCGGACGUGGGGGGCCACGCGGCGGCCGGGGAGGUCGCGGCCGCGGCGAAGCCCCUAGGCCGGUCCGUGGAGGAAGGACUGAUAGGUCAUCUACGUCUGUGCCAAACGUGGACGACCCAGAGGCCUUCCCAGCCCUGGCUUAAGCUCUGGCUGUUAACCCUCAGGCCUUCAGGAGCCUCCUGAGCACCUCCACUACGAGGCUUGCAUGUUCCUGGAUCCUUCAGCAAAUGAUGGCGAAGACUGUCAUAAUUAUGACACUCUGUGAGGACUGAGUUUUAUUCAAUAAAAACAAAACAAAGAUGGAAAAAAAAGAAAUUAACAAAAAAAAAACAUAAAAACAAAAGGACUUCUUGCUACUCUGGAGCAACUUAUUGGUAGAGGUUUUGUACUUUGAAACAAAGUAGCAGGGAUGUUUUCAUACAGUAUUUUUUUCAGAGGUUAUGCAUUGUCCAUUAAUAAAGUUUUGUAAUUGCUGCUUGAAAAUACGCAUUUUGAAAUGUAAGCAUAAUAUCUUUUGGUGUGGUGAGUGCUGUUGCUUGUUCGCUUUAAGAUGAGAGCUGUGGAGCUCCAACAUAAGCUCUGCCUCACCAGGUUUUUAUGAUGAAGUUACAGCUCCACUCAUUGAGAUUUAUGGGUUAUUUUCCUUCCUUUAGCACUGAGAUAUUGUUUUAUAUUUUAUAGAGGAGGUCUAUUGUAUGAUCUUCAGCCUGUAAAUCUCAACUAUUUUCAUAAAUUCUUUCAAAGACUGUAUUUCACACGGUGCACAUAAAAACACUGGUAUUUAAAGAGAUGCUGCCUACAUUGGAAACACAUGAAAAGGCACGCUGUCUGAAAUUGAUUUUCAUUUCAUUUUUUUACUGGAUUGUGCUUAAAAGCUGGUCAGUUUUGUAGAACAUAUUGGGAAUACCUUCAAAUUUGAAUCCUGAACCGUUUAAAAGGCUGUGUCCAUGUGUUCAUUUCUUGUAUUGGAAGGAUAAACGUCAGACAUUUCUUCCUCCUAUGCUCAUUUCAUCUUAGGUCAUCAGCCAUGUGCAAGUCAAUUGCUGCCUUCCUCUUAAUUCUGAGUGACAAGGAGAGGAGGUGUUUUUCCCCCCACAGCUGAGAUGUGACUGGAGACUGCUGGAAAAGCUUUGACCCUCUCGUUUACACACUCCACUCAGCAUCCUUCAACAGAUAUAAACUAUCUGGCCUCGGUGUGUUUCAGUCUGUGCUGAUGUUUUCCUCUGCUGUUAACUUGCUCUGUAGUUUCCACGAUGGUACCACUGCAUAAUUGCUCUGAAAGAAAUACAGUUGUCCAUAGUGUGGAAAAACUGGAUUGCUCUACAAAUGUGUGAAUUCUAGCCCUGCUAUUAGGCCUCUGUCGGUAAAUAAAGGUGGUCAACAAAA